CCGGGGGUGGGGGCGAGCCGGGAGGUGCCGGGGGAGCCAUCUGCGGCAGCGGGAGAGCCCGCCCUGCGCCGGGGGGCUGUGCGUGGCGCUUCUCUGCUUCAUACAUCUCUGUAUUUAUUUAGUCUUUUUUUUUUUUUUUGAUUUUUUGAUUUUUUUUCCGCCCGUUUUGCCGUGGUGAUGCCCCCGGCGUAGCGAGGGGAGGGCGGCGUUGGAGCGGCGGCCGCACGCCCCCCCCCCCCCCAACCCCCCCUUGAAGCGGCAGCGCCGGCGCCUCGCUGCCCGCCGCCCCUGCAGCACCGGGGGCUCGCCGUGCUCCCCCCCCUUCCCUCCUCCUCCUCUUCAUCCUCCUCCUCCCCGCGGCCACCGGCAGCCCGGCGGGGGCUCCUCGAGGAUAAAGAGCCUCCUCCCUCGGCGAAGGGGGAAAAAAAAAAAGAGAGAAAAAUUAAAAUAUUAAGAGGGAGGAGGGAGAAGGGAGCCGCGCACAACAUGGCCACUCUGCUGCGGAAAAUCGGUCUGAUCCGGCUGCACAGCCGCGACACGGAGGACCCCAAGCACCACCACCACCACCACCACCACCACCGCGGCAGCAGCGGGCAGCAGGGCUCCUCGCUGCGGGGCCGGGGCGGCCAGAAGAACAGCAGCAACAAGCCCCAGCCGCAGGGCCCCCCCCCCCCCCGCCGGCGGCAGCAGCAGCAGCAGCAGCGAGAGCAGCCCCGGGGGCCGCAAGGACAAGAAGGCGGGCGGCAGGGAGAAGCCCCGCGAGGCGCCCAAGGAGCCCCCGGCCGGCAAGGAGGCGGCCCAGCAGCAGCAGCAGCAGCAGCAGCAGCAGCAUGGGGGCGGCCGGCACGGCUCCGGCUCGGGCUCCGGCUCGGGCUCCGGCUCCUCCGGCUCGGGGGCCAGGCUCCGGGCCGGUGGCGCCGCCGUCGGUGCCCGGCCCUUUGGCACCCGCGGGCCGGCAGCAGCACUGCACGCAGGUGCGGAGCCGGCGGCUGAUGAAGGAGCUGCAGGACAUCGCCCGGCUGAGCGACCGCUUCAUCUCGGUGGAGCUGGUGGACGAGAGCCUCUUCGACUGGAACGUGAAGCUGCACCAGGUGGACAAGGACUCGGUGCUGUGGCAGGACAUGAAGGAGACCAACACGGAGUACAUCCUGCUCAACCUCACCUUCCCCGACAACUUCCCCUUCUCGCCGCCCUUCAUGAGGGUGCUGAGCCCGCGCCUGGAGAACGGCUACGUCCUGGACGGCGGAGCCAUCUGCAUGGAGCUGCUCACCCCCCGCGGCUGGUCCAGCGCCUACACGGUGGAGGCCGUCAUGAGGCAGUUCGCGGCCAGCCUGGUCAAGGGGCAGGGCCGUAUCUGCAGAAAAGCUGGCAAAUCAAAAAAGUCGUUCAGUCGAAAGGAAGCUGAAGCAACAUUUAAGAGUUUGGUGAAGACCCAUGAAAAGUAUGGGUGGGUCACUCCGCCCGUCUCUGAUGGCUGAUGUUAGCAACCUGCACUUGACAAAAAUGCUGAACAAAAGUACUGUGACAUCUCCUCAGUGCUGUACACCGCCCAUCCUUUUCUACUUCAGCUUCAGUUACAUACCAUGAAUGUCAAGGAGACAUCUAAGUUAUUUAUGAACAGAUGUGUUUACAGAGGGAGAGGAAAAAAAAGAUGCUGUUUAGGAUUAUAUUUCAAGACUGGAGAAUGGUCGUCAUUGAAGUCACUUGAGCGGAUGUUGAGAUUGCAUCAUUUGCCCCCAUACAGCCCACAUUGUCUUCAGCUUCUUUCCAUGACAGCAGCACCAAACAGCAGUACUGGAAAGUCUAUCCAUUACUGCUCAGUUCAUUUAAAUGUAAAUGAAACAGUUAAUAUUUAAUAGGGAAGCAGUGCAUUGCAGGUACAUGUUUGCUGUGCUGUUUAUCUUUGUCUCCUAGCAGGUCAACAUAACUUGAAGAUUUGUCUUUAUGUGGAACUGUGGUCUGCUGUGACUAAAUUUAGACCUCAUUUGUGCUCUAUAUAUGACCUUUAAUUCAUAAAUGAAACCGGAAUUAAAAUGAUGAAAGGUCCUAGUGUUGACAAAUUAUUAAGUGGAAUCACCCAACCGGUUACAAUGUGCUAUCUAUGCUGAUAUUGUGAUGUGCUGUUCAGAAAUAAACCAGUGCAGUUAGCUGAAGGUUAGGUGGUUUUUUUAAACACAUCCAUGCCAGGGCUUGAAGUGGUUGGUGGUAGCAGAAGCAUUAUUACCCUGCCAGUACCUUCUGCAGUCGCAUGUGGCCCCUCAGUUCUUCAAAACGGCAAAACAAACAAGUGGAAACGGACAAAGCAACCUUAAAAAAUUAUCUGCUUAAUUUUGAAAUGAUAUGCCAGUAACAGAGUAAAAAAAAUUUCAAAGCAAAUGAAACAUGGUUUGUAAGAUGAUUUGCAUGACUGGAUUUUUCUUUUCUCUUUUUACUCAAUAGACAUUGUAUGUACUUAGAGCCCAGUAUCUGAGAAAACCCACUGAUGUAUAUAAAUGUCCUAUUAUUUAAUCAUUAAGAUUUAAGUUUUCUGGUAAACAAAUGGAAAAACUUUCUAAGAGACUCCAUAAAAGCUGAAGGUAAUGUUUAAAUGGUAUAAGGAAAGCAUUAAAAAAAUGUGGAUUCCAAAUGGAAAAUGGUAUUGGACACAUGCUGAAUAAAAUCACCAGUAUCGUUUUCGUUGCCUCAAGGAUUCCAUCAUUUUGGCCAACUUUUGUGUUCAAAGACAUAGGUUUCCUACUGUGAAAUCCUAUACAUGUAUCUGUUGUAGCAGUAUGUUAAUUGCAAGCAGGACAGUGCCAUUUGUAAGAAUCUAAUUUGGUGGGGGAAAAAGCGUGUGCCUGAAAACACUUUCCAUUAUCUCUCUAAGUCAAGACUACGUCAAAGUGGCUGACCAGUUUCUAGAUGUUUGGAGGCCGUGCAGACAGGUCAGGGGUUUAGAGUUUGAUUUACAACAACACACAACAGAGAAGACCAAAGAGUAAUGAAGAACGAAGGAACCAGAGCACAAAUGAAGAAGUAGCGGAGCAGAUUUUCACACAGCAGUGGUGGAAACACUGCUCGGUUUAUCUGCUUUGCCCAUCUAGCUGUUUGUCAGCUAGAUGAAGAGCAAAAUGUUCAGCUUGCAGCGAAACAGCUAUUCGGGUCAGAGCCACUCAGUCUCGUGAACAUAGCUGGUUUCUCACGCUUUUCCCUCAUCUCCUUCAUCUGUCUCUUCUUUCACCUGAGACCAUUUCUGAUACCUUCCUGGUGUGCCUUAUCUCGGUUAUGACUGGAAAUGCUUUUUACCAUAAAUGCACAGAUCUUGCUGUGAUUUAUCCUACCCUGUUGUAUGCUCUGAGACAAUGCUGCAAUUCAGUGUGUAUAUACUUUCCCUCUCAGGCUGUCACUUUAGUGCAUCCAGCAGCAGAAUGUAUCCUUUGAGAGAGGGACAGCAUUUCAAAUCACGUAGUUACUCCUUUUUAUGAACACUUUUUGCUAUCUGUUAGGAGAGAGAAAACUGGUAUGUUUAGUUUGGCAUCGAAUAAUUUGCGAUCCCUAGUGGGAGUUCCUGAAAACAUGUAGAGGGACAUAUAGCGCUGGAAAGCAUGGGGUUUGUUAUUUCCCUUCUGAAAAGCUCUGCCCUCAUCAGCACAGUAAAAUGCUGUUAAAAGCAACGUGAAGGUGUGGUAAAUCCUGGGGUGAGGGGAGAGGGAAUAUUUCUUUCUCUGCUGUUUUUCAACCUGUCUCUUUUUUUUUCUGUCAGUGGGUUAUUUUAAAUCUUCCUGAGAACCAUAUCUUUAAUAUUUAAUUAAAGGGUUAGCUAAAAGGAAGGUAGUGGGUGGAUUGCUACCACUUUCCUCAAACCUACUUAUUAUGUAUCUUCUUAAGUGUGCUUUAAAUAGUUAUAGCAAACAUCAUUGCUAAAAAUCACAGUUGCUUUCUGGCUGUAGGAGGUUCUCUGUAUCACUCAGAGUCUUGGAGCCGUAGGAGAGGCAAAUCAAAAAAAUCUGGAGUGCUUUGAAGCUGGAGCAGAAGGGGAGCAGAGCACAUGUGAUAAGCUACAGCAACAAAUAGUCCAAGGAAAAAAAAGAAGCAAAAGUACACUGCAUGAACUAGGUCGGGAUGAAGUUCCUGCCACACCAAAAAUAAAAAUGCUCUUAUUGAAGAGACAGCUUAUAGCGGGAGCAGCCUGUGCUGGGGGGAAGUGCAGGAAAAAAGGGGACAGCGGGAAGCCUUAGAAGCAUUAUGCUUCUGACCAGGGAGGAAGGGAGAUUGGUGAGAACGUAGUUAAUGAAGAGAUUUAGAAAGAGGGUUGAUCUAUUUUAAGAGAAAUUAGUGCAUUGUUAUUGUCUAGCUCUAUCAGUAGCUUAUGCCUCAGUGCUAUUGCUGAAGAAUAAGUUUUACUUCUCCACCAGACGAGCCUAAAAAAAGUAGUGAGAACAUCAGGAGGGGAAAGGUACAUGAGAGAAAGGAAGGGAGAAGGACCUAAGAGGCCAAAAUAGUUUGGCCAGUCUUUCUCAAAGGUCCAAAACAUCAGAGCAGGGGUGUGAGGGGGAGAAGGGAAAGGGGGGCAUUUCUUCUGUUUGCAGUAAAUGUCAAUGUUGCAUCUUUAUUCAGUCCAAAAACUUCACAGGGCUUCUUGUAGACUCAGCAGUCAACACGGGUCCUCCAGUUCUCAUUAGAGCCAUGUACUGAGGAAUAUUAUUUUCCAUCUGCUGCCCCCAGAACAGAUGAUUAAUUUGAAAGUAGGAUCUGUGGAGGUGUUAAGUUGUAUUAGGAAGUUGCUUCCUGGCUUUUAGAAUAUGCCCUUUUGGAGAAGCUUCUAUAAGUCUGGAAAAACUACUCAACGUUGACGCUGAAUAAAGAAAGCUUAUGGGAAGGGAAGGAAGCUGUCUCUGAAUAUCUAAACACUGAAGGUUCUCCACAGAGAACAGAGCUGAUGAUUUAUGAGGGAACACGUUGCUGUGACAUUACAAAUUGGUCCUAAAAACUCUUAAAAGCAAAAAAAUCAGCACUCAAAGACCUCGUGAACUUGCCUUAUUUUCUCUCCCAAAGGCAAAGCAUCUCCUUCAUCCCAACCUGCACUUCAGUCCCAAGUCCAAAGAAAGCUAAUAAGAGUGGCCUGUUUAUUUUGAGCUGUAACACCAUGUCAUAUAAAAAAGGGUUUGAUUCAUUCUCCUUCUCCAAAGCAGUAAGUAAGAUCCUAAAACAGAGCUUCUUGUAUAAAAGGCAGGGUUGGGACAAAGCCUUUCUAGCAUAACAUAUCCACGUGAUAUGACUGUGUAAUAUAUAUGGUUUUAGAAAACUCAUUUAGAAAGACAUUUGAAGUCACAGUUGCCAAGCAGUGAUCGCUCUCACGGCCAGUACCGCGAUGCAUGUGGACUUUGCAUUCCACCAGAACUUGUAAUACAGAAGAAAUGAGUCUUGAUGUGCUGGCUAUACAGAGAAAAUACUGUAGAACUAACUGGCAUUUGGGAUUUAAAUCUCUGUUUUUUCUCUGUCACAUUUUACUCCUCUUUCAAGAUCAUUGACCACAGCCACAGUGUCUUGGUUUGACACUCGCAUUAAAGCCAGCGUGGUUAUUUACAUGACUCCAAUGAGACAGUUGGUUAUGAGCACACUUUUCUUGUCCAGCAGGGCUUUGGAGGGGAGCUGCCUUCCAGCUGAAUGCCAGGGUAUGGAGCUUUGCUGGAGCACUGAGGAUUUACUUUGUAGUGAUACAUGGGCAGACACGAUGCACGCUUAAGGGGCUGAAAGCUUCUCUGUCUUACAUGUGGAAACACUUGCAUAGUCAGGGUGAAAGGCUUGCCUCCUUCAUGCAGUGAGUGAAUGGUGGUGAAGAAGAUUAUCCUGAAGUGCAUAAUGAAUUAUACCAACAGAAUUAAGUAGACCGACCUGCCACUACAGUGUAAUUUUCCAGUUAUCUAUCCCCCCAUCCCUGACAAGCACAAACCUAUAUUAAAUGGUUUCUACUGCCCACACCACAGUUCAGAAGAUGACAGCCAGUAGAGGCCCUGAAGAAAAGCUCCUGGAAAUGUACCUUCUCCUAGCCUUUUCAGCUAGGGGAACAAGCCUCUGAGCUUGUCUAGUCAAUGUGCAUCCUGCCUUGUAUCCAUAUACCAAUCUUGCAAACACUUUGCAGUCAUACAUAUAGUAGUUGGACUGAGUCAAAGUGCUCAGCGCAUCUCUGACCUGGGUUCAGAUUUGCAGAGCAGAUGGGUUACUAAAUAUGCACCAAAGGGUUUUAUGCAAGUUAGUGACACAUUUAAAGUUUUGCUUGGCUCUCUAUGAAGAGUAAAGCGGCUGUCAAACUAGGUCUGAGGACAAAUAGGUUGAAAGUGAGUCAGCUGCUAUUAUCAGCACAACUGCACCGGAGAGGUGCUUUCAUUUGGCACAUGAAAGGCUAGAGGUGAGGUACGGCCACAAGAGCAGCCAGGAGGACAUUGCGAGAAGGUAUAAAGAAUUUUUCCCUCACCGUGUUAUUGACUCUUUAAUUGCAGCCACUUAAACUUAUGUUACUCUACUUUGUAAGUUUUACCCUCCUCUUUAAAUCCCUUCCAAGUUUCACUAAUAUGCUAAGGGAACCUUAAAACAAGUCAUGUAAAUUGACAUUUAAAACCUGCCUUUCAUUCUAGAAGCAUGCAAAUGCCAUGCUGACACCUGUCAAAUUUCACCGACAGCUUCCUCACACUAGCAAGUCUUGGACAAAUCAGUGAUGACGGUAGUUAACACAAAAAUAGAAACUGUAAUUUGGAUGUUUGAAUUGGUCUUUUCCCUGAUUGCUUUGUCUUUCAGUUUGAUUGACUUCAGAACAGAAUGUCAAGAUAACAGCAGUGAAACUGCCAUAGUGUUAUUUGUUUAUUUAUAACAGUUCCUUUUGUUCAUACUGCUAAAUAAGGUGGCGAUAAAUAUUCAUUGCAGUUGUGUUUCACCAAAUGGGAAUUCAGAGAUAACUCCUCACACUCUGAAAACUUUGCAUUUUAUACAUAGUGUUUGCCACCACACUUAGCAUGCAUUAUCUUGUGUUGUCAAAUAUUCUUGUGUUUUCUUUCUCGCUGACCUCGUGUGUUUUAAAUUACCUUGGUUUACUAACAGAAAUAUUUGAAGUGUGUCUCAGGUUCUCUCCACAAAAUCAAUGAAAUGUAACUGGACCAAA